AUGCUACGCACACUCUUCACUUUCGCGCGACCUCCGUCCAUGCCGUCAUCUCUGCAAGAAACAGGACCAGACAGGAUUCAAAGGAGGAAGUCGACGUCUCAGGAGGUGAAGACAUCCAGAAAGACGACUCAAACGCCUGGCAAUGAACGACACCCUCCGAAGUCAGCCGGAAUCUCUCGGCUUCCCGUGGAAGUGAUGCAGGAAAUAUUCUCCAUCGUCGUCCAACCCCACCGCAUACUUCGAACAGAAGUCGUUUCCGAAGCAUGGGCCCUCUCACACGUUUCUCGGGAAUGGGCGAACAUCGCUCUGUGCUCUGCUCCUCUGUGGGGCCAGAUAACAGUUCAUCUGUGGCAGAAGCGCCGCAAUCCGGUGCUGUUUGAGCAAAUGGUGCAUACGUUGCUCAAGCGAUCCCGGGAUGCCGACCUGUAUCUGCUCAUCGACACCUCUUCUGACCAAAUGAUGGUUGUCAUACAAGGUUCACCUCCUCUUCUUAUCGCCCUGAACAGUAUUAGCGAUCAUCUAUCUUCUCUUCAGUAUCUCGAGAUCGAUAUUCGCCAUGCGCAGACCCCCACCGCCUCGAAGACCCCAUAUUGUCUGUUUGAGAUUGCGCCGCGGUUGCGUGAGGUGAUCAUCCAUAGCGGCCCGAUACUCACUCUUCCUUUCACCCAGAUAGUGUCAUUCAGACAUGGCGGAGGCCCUAAUCCAUUGCACGAUCUGCUCGACUCCGCCGAUCAACUCGUCUCCCUAGAUCUCCGUUCAUUCGACCUCCAGGGCUUGGAUCCAAUACCCAGGUGCACCCUUCUUCCCCUUCUCCAGUCACUUCACCUCUCUUUCAAACCUGAAGCGAUCACACGGGAUCUUUUCGAGAACCUAUCAUUACCCGCCUUGAGAUCAUUUUCGGUCGACAAACCUCCCCCCAACUUCUUGCACUCCUUCAUGACAUAUACUAUACGGUCUACCCAUCCGUGCAGGUUGCAGCAACUCUCUAUUGUCGAGUAUCAAUUCCAACCCAACGAGCUGAUGGCUCUCAUCACAGCUACACCUCAUCUUCUAUCCUUGCGAGUGCCAUGCCCGUCCCGAGCAGACUUUAUUUCAUUCCUCGAGCAAUCCCCGCUAACUUUUCUGCCACUCCUCGAGGAACUAAUCUUCGACUGUGGGUACGACAUUGAGAACUCCGCGCCGUUCAUCAACUGGCUCGCUACGUCUCGGUGCGAAAUACCAGAGCAGACGAACUGCCGUGUCAUGAAGAAUUUCGAGGUCCACUUUCAUAAUGAAGAAUCGCGUUACAAGAAUCUGGAAGUACUGGAAGCAGUCAAAGUUCCAACACCCUCUCACCAAACGCAAUCCGAGAAGAGCGCAGACGACGCUCAGGUUCUCCAAUGGUGGAAGUGCCUACUAGACCACACAGAAGACUACCUGGUCAACUGCAAGGACCCGGACAAGAAGCGCGAAUUUAAGACACUCAUGAGCUCUGCUGUGCUAUCCACCUUGAAGGAGUUUGACUUCCAAUUAGUCCUGAGAUCUGGUAUUUAUCACCCGCUGUACUACCUUUCCAUGUUAGACAGGAAGCACCCUGUCGAAAAGGAGCUUCGUGUGAGACGAACAGCUCGCACCCUCGUUCAGUCAUGGAUCCCAAUGUUCACCGCCGAACUGCCCAACCGCUCGUGGCGCUUGAAGGCAAACUCGGUCGUCUAUGUCCCUCGACAUGAUCCAUUCAGAAGGUCCCCAGAUGCCUUGCAGAUGAUCUUCGGCGAUCAGUGGAGAGGUAAUAAGGAAGCACCGAAGGCGGCAGGCGUCCCGGAGUCAAGCUCUAAAUUCUCACUACCGCGGCCCAACAUCCUGACCAUUGCGUUUGCUUCAUUCGUAGUCUUGGGCACACUGUAUACGAGUUCGUAA